AUUUGAGAUUAUCUAUACAAUUUAUUAGUACAAAUCAAUAUAAAACGACAUGGAAUACUAUACAAUAUAUUGUACAUUACAUAUAUAAAUAAACUGACUGUAAUUCUACUAUUUUCCUAUUUGAAUUUUUCGAUUUACCACCUCUAUAUUUUCAAGAUGCGUUCUGUUUGACACUACGAAAAUUUCUAAGCGUUUGAUUAUUUAGGAGCGUGAUCUCGGCAAAAAGGUCUUAUGUCUUGAUUGGUCAAUUAAAUGUUUCAAAAUUUCUGUAGCAUCGAACGGAACGCCAGAGAAAUCAAAUAUAGAGGAUUUGUGCGCAUGCUAUGUAUACAAAAUUAAUGACGCAUGCGUGGAAAAAUCCCACGAUCGAGGAACAUCGCUUCGAGAUUCGAUCUUGACACAUGUCACGUAAAGUGAGAUCGACGUCACAUGGAGACGCAAAUUCAAACGUCUUUGCAAUCGUGAUACCGGAUCACGUAUUUCGUGUCAUAUUACAAGUCUCGCGCGAGCACUGAUAUCGCGAAUCGCAUUUCCAUCUUGAUCUGUAAUUUAUAAACAUCGAUGCGCAUAGGCUUUGUUACAGCUUGUUAGACGAGGCCCGAGUCAUAUAAGCCAUCAUUAAACGGACGCGUCUUGAAAGAGAUUGAAGAAAAUCAGCUGGGACAAAAAACUUUGUGCAAGAUAUCAUCUAAUACAAGCACACACGAAACAGGUGUUUCUUUAUCAAUGAAAUUGAUCUGACAUGUCUUACACUGAACUGGAACAUGGUUAUCAGGGCCUCAGGAAUGCAAGCAGACCAAUGUUCUACAUAGGAGAUAUAAAUACAGUGCAACCAUCUGUUAUUUCCUCAAUCUAUCGCUCAUCGAAAAGGCCGGAACUGCCAGAAGGGUGCACUCAAGAUGAUGCUUAUAUGGGUGGUAGCGAUGUGGAAGGAGAAGGAAAACAAGUUUUGGUUGGAAUAUGUGCAAUGGCGAAGAAAUCGCAGAGUAAACCGAUGAAAGAGAUUUUAACAAGGCUUGAGGAAUUCGAGUAUAUAAAAAUUAUUGUUUUUCCGGAAGAAGUGAUAUUGAAGGAACCUGUAGAAGAUUGGCCUAUAGUUGACUGCUUGAUAAGUUUCCAUAGUAAAGGUUUCCCUCUUGAUAAAGCUAUUAAUUAUGCGAGUUUACGUAAACCGUUUAUUAUUAAUAACCUUCCAAUGCAGUAUGACAUUCAGGAUCGAAGAAGAGUUUAUGCUAUACUGGAGAGCGAGGGUAUCGAAAUUCCACGGUAUGCCGUUCUUGAUCGAGAUUCGCCAGAUCCGAAACAGCACGAAUUGGUAGAAUCAGAAGAUCAUGUAGAAGUGAACGGUAUUACUUUCAACAAACCAUUUGUGGAAAAGCCAGUAUCCGCCGAAGAUCAUAAUAUAUAUAUUUAUUACCCUACUUCCGCUGGUGGGGGCAGUCAGAGAUUAUUUAGAAAGAUAGGUAGUCGUAGUAGCGUAUAUUCACCAGAAUCUCGCGUUCGUAAGAGUGGAUCUUAUAUCUAUGAAGAUUUUAUGCCUACCGAUGGUACUGAUGUUAAAGUUUAUACCGUGGGACCUGAUUACGCUCACGCCGAGGCAAGAAAAAGUCCGGCUCUAGACGGAAAAGUUGAGAGAGAUUCGGAGGGCAAGGAGAUUCGUUAUCCAGUGAUAUUAAGCAACGCCGAAAAACUUAUUAGUAGGAAAGUAUGUAUGGCCUUCAAGCAAACGGUUUGCGGUUUCGAUUUAUUACGAGCGAACGGUCAGUCGUUUGUGUGUGACGUAAAUGGAUUUAGUUUUGUAAAGAACUCGAAUAAGUAUUAUGAUGACUGUGCCAAGAUUUUGGGAAAUAUGAUACUAAGAGAAUUGGCUCCUACAUUACACAUUCCAUGGAGUGUUCCUUUCCAAUUGGAUGAUCCUCCUAUUGUCCCAACCACAUUUGGUAAAAUGAUGGAAUUGCGCUGUGUGGUAGCAGUUAUUAGACAUGGUGAUAGAACUCCAAAGCAGAAAAUGAAAGUAGAAGUGCGUCAUCCAAAAUUUUUUGAGAUAUUUGCAAAGUAUGAUGGUUACAAGCAUGGCCAUGUUAAGUUAAAGCGACCCAAGCAGUUGCAAGAGAUUCUUGACACAGCUCGUAGUUUAUUAACAGAAAUACAGCAUCGUGCAGCGGGACCCGAGCUAGAAGAGAAGCAAGGGAAAUUGGAACAACUCAAGAGUGUCUUGGAAAUGUAUGGACAUUUUUCUGGCAUAAAUCGUAAAGUACAGCUAAAAUAUCAGCCGCGAGGACGACCGCGAGGAAGUUCCUCCGACGACGGUAGCGAUCUUAAUCGACUAGGAGAACCGUCCCUCGUUCUAAUAUUGAAGUGGGGCGGAGAAUUGACGCCGGCUGGACGUAUUCAAGCGGAAGAGCUGGGACGUAUAUUUCGCUGCAUGUACCCAGGUGGUCAAGGUAGACACCUUAGUGAGGAAGAAUCAGAGAUGUUACCAAACUACGGUGAAUAUGCAGGUGCGCAAGGAUUGGGUUUGUUACGUCUGCAUUCCACAUUUCGUCACGAUUUGAAGAUUUAUGCUAGCGACGAGGGACGCGUUCAAAUGACUGCGGCAGCUUUUGCAAAAGGAUUGCUCGCAUUAGAAGGAGAGCUAACGCCCAUUCUCGUACAAAUGGUGAAAAGCGCAAAUACCAACGGCCUUCUGGACAACGAUUGCGAUAGCAGUAAAUAUCAGAAUAUGGUAAAAACGCGUUUGCACGAACUGCUUCAACAGGACCGGGAAUUCACCCGCGAAGAUCGCGAACAGAUCAAUCCGGGAAACGCGUUGAGCAUCAACGCCGCUUUAGAUCUCGUCAAGAAUCCAGUCCGAUGUUGCCAACAUGUUCACAUUCUCAUUCAAAAGCUUCUGGAUAUUGUACGAAUUAAGAAGGAAGAUCCGAAGACGAAGGACACGAUACUUUAUCAUGGUGAAACGUGGGAAUUGAUGGGACGUCGCUGGGGAAAGAUCGAAAAAGAUUUCUGCACGAAAAACAAACGCUUCGACAUCUCCAAAAUUCCCGACAUCUACGAUUGUAUAAAGUAUGAUUUGCAGCAUAACAAUCAUACGUUGCAGUUCGAACACGCGGAAGAAUUGUACACGUACGCUAAAUCUUUAGCCGAUGUAGUAAUUCCUCAGGAAUAUGGUCUGACGGUACAAGAGAAAUUAACCAUUGGCCAAGGUAUAUGCACGCCCUUGUUGAAGAAGAUACGAGCAGAUUUGCAACGAAAUAUUGAAGAAUCUGAAGAGACCGUCAAUAGGCUUAACCCUAGAUAUUCCCAUGGUGUUUCGAGUCCUGGACGCCAUGUACGUACAAGGCUAUAUUUCACGAGUGAGAGUCACGUACAUUCUUUGCUUACCGUGUUGCGUUAUGGUGGUUUACUCGAUGUGGUGAAAGACGAACAAUGGCGACGCGCGAUGGAAUAUGUCAGCAUGGUCUCCGAGUUGAACUACAUGUCGCAAAUUGUCGUUAUGUUGUACGAGGAUCCGACCAAGGAUCCGAGCAGCGAAGAACGUUUCCACGUUGAGUUACAUUUUAGUCCUGGCGUUAAUUGUUGCGUACAGAAGAAUCUGCCGCCUGGCCCUGGUUUCAGACCACAUUCGCGCAACGAGAGCAGUCAUAAUAUAGGAGAAAGCGGUUCUGGCCAGGACACUAGUUCACAAUGUAGUACUCGGAUAGAGGAAGAGGAUGCGGAAUUGGGAAUUAUCGAGGAUGAUCUUGUAAAUCCUACAGCGCGAACUAAUACAUCUCCGCCGCUAAUGGAAACGGAUGCUACGGACUCUAUGUUGGACAGUCCGACGACCAGCCGUGCAAUUGACAUGAUGGACCUAGACCCGAAUAUGAUGGACGAACCGUACGAUAGUGGAUUCUUACAAAGCUCGGCUCCGAUUCCCAUCAGCGCUAGAACCGUGGCCGGACAUGAAGCCGCUAGGCUUGGUAGCCAGUUGGCAGCGAGUCAACGACAACGGCGAAGCAGGGAGGCGGGGACCAUCAUGGAACCGCGCGCGCGAAGCUACGAUCAUCAGCGGCAAGAGAAGCCCGAGAAAGCUGCGGACAAGCUGCAGUAUCAGAGCUUGGACGCGGUCAACAAGGAAGCCACAAAGCCGACUCCUUCGGUGGAAUCUCGACGCGACGAACUGCCGAGGAAACCGGUGUCCCUGUCGCAGUCGUACAGCUCGCCGGAGCUGCCGGUCUCGCCGAACGAAAGUUUCGCUUCCUCGUGCUCGCUUCAUAAUGCACGCGACGAUAAAGAGCCACCACCGGUCGUCCCUUGCUCGUUGCUCAAUCCGAUCCCCAGCAACGAGCGGACUGUCACCAGGUAUCGGAGUCUCGGCAGAAAAUACGAACGAUCAUACUCCGAGGUGACUUUGCUCUCGAGACCCUUCGAAUUCUACGACGCGCGACCUCGGAUCAUUCAACCUGAUCCUACCUGCACAGCACGGCGCCACCGACACAGUAUCUCCGGACAGAUGAGUUAUUUCAAGCUGUUGGGCUACAAUGUCAGCAAGAAGCUCACCGGCUCGGCUAACAGUCUCUUCAGCACUGCCGUGAUAAGUGGCUCAUCAAGCGCGCCGAAUCUCAAGGAUAUGGUGCCACCGCAUGCGUCCGCAGUCGCCGCGAUAGAAGGUUUCGGCGGGGUGCCGCCUAUCAGACCCCUGGAAACUUUGCACAACGCAUUGUCGCUACGUCAACUAGAUUCAUUUCUGGAGAUGAUGACGAUCGCGCCGUUGUACCGGACUCCGGCCUCGUCACCGCCCAAGUCAUCGCCGGCCGGAUCGACGCACGAGUCUCUCAAUCCACCCCUUGGCAACACCGGGAUCAUCCGCGAGUAUCACUCUUCGGAUACGGAAGCUGUCAGGUACAUUACGCCGGCUUCGAUACAGUAUAAGCCCGGGGAAGUGGAAGCGUGUGACAUCAGAAAUAUGCCAUCGCCUACCAGUCCGAACAGUAUAGGAUGGAGUAGCGAACCGCAAUCUUUUCUAUCUUCCGAGCCAUCAUCACCAGCGCCAACGUCGACAGGCGAAUGCAGUAUGUCUAUAAGCUUGAUCAGUAACGAGAGCGCUCAACUCUUUAUCCCGCCAAAAUUCUCCCCGACUUCUUGCCUGGACGUCGAUUUUAACGAAUUUUGUAUGCGUCUCGAUCAAGAGAAUCGAGAAAGUCGCGGCAGUGUCUCAUAUACGGAUUAUUAUAGUAACGAGGACGGUCAGAUACGCAAAAUCACGCAGAUGCCGCAAGUGAUGCAGUCAGGUGCCAGCAGCGCGCAACCGAAGCUUGUAUGUAGCGAUGAGUUUACCUGCGAAAAUAUCGACGACGAUGAAGAUCACACGCUAACCUUGAAACAAAGCGAGGAGCAAAAGAAACAAGACGUUAAAUCGAUAUUCGAGCAAAAAGAUAAUGUUAAUCCUGUGAAGCAGCAGCUAAGCGGCAGCUAUAAGAAAAUUGGACGCUUCCUAGUGGAAAGUACGGAUAUAUCGCACGCUGAUGUCAGAAUUAAGGAAACCGAUAAUGCUUCCGACAAAACAAAACUUACCACCCAAAAAUCUGAUUUUUCAAGCGCGGCAAGAUCUCCCGCGAGGAAGGAUUCCAAAAAAAGCAGCGGCUCGCACAACACUUGUCAGAAGCGGAAAAACUUCUCGCGCUCUCAAAGCGUCACGGCUCCAAAGUCCGUCGUGCCGAAACCUGAGCCGAGUUUUAGUUAUUCAAGACAGAGCUCUUUCUCGACCAUGUCGGACGCGGAUUUGGAAAACUGGAAAUUGAACAUAGAUUCGACACUGUCUUCGGAAAAGAGCCAACAAGAGGAACCUGUACUCACUGUAGCCAGCAGUCUCACGGAUAGCUCUAACAUAACCAUGGGCUUCGACAUUAAACAGGAAGAAAAGAAAUAAAUAUUCGGUAACAAAUUAAUGUACCGAUUUUUCUUUUCAUGUCCAUGAUAUUCGAUCUAUUCUUACAACGUAACAUCACGAUAUCAGACCUUUAGAAAAGAUAGUUUAUCUUUCCCAUAAACUACCAUGAGAAAGAUAUUAAAAUAUUAAAAAUAGCAUUUAGCACAGGACAAGAAAGUUAUUUUGGUGUUUUAUAGCAUUCUUUGUUAAGGCUGAUAAAAAUAGGCAAGCAAGACUUCAUUUAGAGUGAAUUAUACGAUAGUGACUUUAUCCGCCCACCCCUUCCCUUUUAUUUUUUAUUUUGUAUAGUAUUAUAAGAUGAGAUUUAUUAAAUUAAAUAAACAUUAUAUAUUAUUUCUGUUUUAAUUCGGAGAACAGUUAUUAAUUUUUGAAAUUGUGUUUUGUGACUUACAAAAAUAUUUUUUAUUUAUGCGGAUAAUAUAAUUACGUUGAUUGAUCUUUUCGUUAAAGAUAAAAAAUAAUGAGCAUGAAUAAUAAACAUUCGAUUUAAAAUUCUAUGGAUUUUAUAAAAAAAAUCAACAAAUUAUUUAACUGAUAACAACAAAAUUAACUUUUCAAUCUCAUAUUUUACCUGCAGCGCAUUCUGUUUUAAUUUCUAAUUAUGAUUUAACCAUUUUAUAUAAUGCAUAUAUUUUAACGUAAAGAUAAUUCUUUACAAGUAUUUACUCUAAAAAGAAUUGAAAGUCAUGAAUUUUUAAUCAACAAAUAACAUAGAUUGACGAUGCAAGUUUGAUUGCUUAUGAUUUUAAUAAAAAUCUUAAGCAGAUAAUGUUUUCUGGAACAAUAUUUUUGAUUAGGAUCAUCGCUGUUGACUGUGAACCAUCGUAAUUACGCAUAGAAUUAUCUCUUCUUCUGAAGAGAUUAUUGCAGAUGUACAAAUGCUCUAAUAAUGUAGAUAAAUAUGGCGAUUAUGUGAUAGAUGUGCUUCAAUUAAAUAUAAGGAAUAUAUCACUAGUAUUUCAGGAUAUUAGAAUAUAUAUCUAUAAAGGAAAAGAUACAGAGAAAAAGAAAUAUGUGAUUACCAAUAUUACUAAAGAUAGAGAAAGAUGUGUAAAAAUGUAUACUUACUGGAUAUAGCAUGUUCUUAUUUAAAAAAUUAAAAGAUCCCUGUUACAAUAACACUAAUUAAUAAUACUGAUGUAAAUUAAUAGUCAGAUGCUUGAAGUUACCGAAGUUGUAGGAGAAUUUUCCGAGCCAAAGAAUACCUCGGUUAAGCAAUAUAGUAUUGUUUGAUGUUACACGAAAAAAAAAUCGUGUACUGAUAUACUUGAUAUAUGAUUUCAAAUAAUAAAUUAACAAAGAGAAUAUAUAAUAGGAACUAUAUGUAGAUAUUAAUACGUGUAAAAUAGAGAUACAAAAUAUACGUAGGUGUAUACUCAUACAUAACACAUACAUAUCUAUAUUACACAAAUGUUUUAAUAAAAUAAUUCAGAAUGAAA